AAUCAGAUAGCCUCAGUACAAGUGUUUUCAUCAGGAUGUUUUUCUCUCAUUUUCCAACGUUCUUGAACUCCAACUUUCAAUCAUUCAAGUAAUAUUGUGAAACAAAAAGUGUAUAGCCAGCGGCCCAGUGAAAAAAGGCACCAUGAACGGAAAGUCAACAAACCAAGACAACUGUGAUGAUGGGUAUCCAUUUGGCAUGAAGAAAACAACGUACUGGGAAAUAUACAGUGUAAAAUGUUUUCCUUACCGUGGAAGGCGUAAAUAUACACCCUUACUAAACCAAUCGUUAGAUGGAGGCCUCAUUAUCUCAAAUGACGUUUUUGGACUUACAAUCAGACAGUUUGAUAGAAUGUACAAAGCUUGUUUACAUAGACGUAAAACACAGGAACAGUGGAUAUUAAACCUUAGAUAUCCUGACAAAUCUUCAAAAGACUACCUAGAAUAUUUACAGAAUUGUACAGACAGCAAUAAAAAUCACUUGCAUUUGCUUGGAAAUAACCCCUGGGAGAAGUACCUAUACGAACGCCUAAUAACAACAAUUGGUACUGAAAUAGAUAUACGAAAUAGACAACGACUAUUUCUCAUACACGAUAUGAUCGGAAAUGCAUGUUCUUCGCCUGAUUUGACUAAUAUAUCAAGUGGAAGUUUGGCAGAAGGACUAGAUUUGCCAGGCAGUGAUUUUGAUAAAAUGUUCGUACUGAAUCAAAUUGAAGUAAUACGAAAUGUGAGGCAAUUCAAACCCCAAAUAUAUCGUACUACAUAUGUUAUGGAAACAGAUUUUGAUCAUCCUGGAUUUACUAGACUCAAGAUCGUAGCAGAGCAGGGAUGUAGAUUCCCACUUAUACAAUCUGCCUGUGUUGAAAGUAUUGGUAAAGGGUGGUAUGCAUCAGUAAACCUCUUUCUUGAUAGUUUUAAGCAAAGGUAUAAGAAUGUGCCGAUAUUUUCACACGGUCCAUGUCUAUCAGACCAGAGACAGACUAUCGAUCAUGCAUACUGCCUACGGAGUAAAUAUCUUCCUCACAACGCAAUGCCAUGGGCAUCCCGGCAUCGAUGCCAAUGGCCCCCUAAUUUCGUAAUUGACAGGAUAAUGAAUUACGGAUGCUUGCUAGUGCCAAUAGGACCUAAGACUGUAUCAGAUAAUGACCUAUUAUGGAGAGUGUCUUUCUCUGUUGCGGAAAAGAAACUUGUACAUUCGUUUAAUUUCACUCAACUCUUAUGUUAUGGUCUACUCAAAUUAACAUUAAAGCGUAUAAUCAACACACACGAUGAAGUACAAAAUUUAUUGUGCUCUUACUUUCUAAAGACGGCUUUAUUCUGGGUUUCGGAGGAAGUGGAUAUCAAUACAUUUCAAAUAUAUAAAUUGUUUCAUUGUUUUUCCCUCUGUCUUGAUAAAUUAAAAUCAUGGGUAAAUAUCUGCUAUUGUCCGAACUAUUUCAUACCUGAACAUAAUAUGUUCCUCGGAAAGAUCAACAAGAGUAACAAUAUGACUCUACUAGCUGUACUUGAGAGUAUAAAGUGUGGGGGGAUUAAUGGAUUAGUAAAGAAUCUAUUUCCGAAUACCAAUGAAAAUCACAAUUUAUUACGUACAAAGAGUGAAUCUUCGUUCAUUUUGUUAGAUAUUCUACUUUACAGGAUAACUGGAACGAUGAGAAUAUCAACAGACAUUUCACUUUGUUUUGAAGGACUUGCAUUUACUAAAUCAUUAGUUAAGUAUGAAUCAUCUUCAUUUAUUAUUGAUGUAUGCAAAUAUUAUUAUGCUAAAAUCAGUACAUAUGUGGCACAGCUAUUACCACCUCCAAACACAAUUGUUAACCCGUACGAUAUACACAAACUUUAUCAUAGACAUUUACAGGAGUGUAUCGAUAAGGAUGCUGUGUCGGGUUGGUUGUUAUAUGCGUCAUUUUAUUAUGUGACAGGCCAGUACACUAAAACACUCGGACUAAUAGAUUACAUUAUGUCGAAAUGCGUACCUCAUAUGUUGCUGUUAGGCCUUGGAAACUAUAGUAAAGUACAAAUUAAUAUGUACAGUCAUUGUGUCCAUUCUAAGAUGUCAUUGCAUGACAAGAUAAAAACAGCCACUGUAUCCAGUGUGUUGUAUCUGCAGAACUCAUCAUUAAUACCGAAAGAACUACAGCUUGAGGUGAAAGAGGGACACGUGCUCGUAAUGCCUAUAGAAAUGUCUCUCUGUCUUAGAUUUCUAUGUUAUCAUCAUCUUGGUGAUAUUUCCAGUAGACAACAUACUUUACGUCAUUUAUAUUUUCUAAUGAAAAGUUCAUUUCUUUUUCCAUCAAAAGCAAUAUCUGUAUCAUUAACAAUACUGGGAGUAUGUUUUGAGGUAUCUGGAGAUAAGAACAUGGCUUAUGAGUGUUAUGAUAAAGCGUUGCAAUGUGGUCGAAUGAUAUGUUCUUCAGCAGAAAUAAGGAAAUCAACGUUAACUUAACAAAUAAAGUGAUGAUUUCGACUGUACAUUAUUCA